AUGCUAUACAACAUCACGCCGCUUAUUCUGGCGACUCUUUUCAUCACCAAUACACACGCUCGCCCCAGCUCUGAGCUCCCCCCUCUUCAUUCUCGAGAUGAAGACAACACCACAACCAUCCCUUCCAGCAACACAACCCUUGAGCCUGUAGUACCCCCCGUUGUUGACACAGAAGACUAUUCCAUCUUUGCCCUUGAAAGGAAUGUCACACUUGCGUGGGCUGGCUCACCCGGAUCAGAACCUGGUUCGCAAAGAAUGCGAAAGCGUGACAAUGGUGUCUUUUCCCAGGCGAACUUCACCUUCCGGUACCCAACCAUCCCCCUUGAUCAUUCGGCCUUCGUGUCGGACGUCUCCUGUGUGAAGGGAGCGCUUAGUGGUGUCAUAACAAACAAGGGUGCCUACAAAUAUGUCAAGAAGGAGUGGACGGGUGCUGGCAAGAUCCUCUUCAUCUCGUCUGUGGAUGGGUGUGGUGACGAUCAUGCCAACGACUUCUUCCUCUCCAAUUCGGUCAGCUUUGCCGAUGACACCAACACCUUCACGGCCAAGGGCUCUACUGUUGAGUAUCGCGAUGUCCACGAACGCUUCAGUCUCACAUGGGGCCCUCUGGGAACCUUGAACGUGAGGCGCGGGCUUGACAAAAGAGCUAUGUUUGAGCCUCAUGCUCUUGAUAAGCGCGACUUUGGUCCGUGGACAAUCAGCUGGUCGCGUUAUCUAAACGACGAUGACCUUCUCGGUACCGAUGACGAUGCGCCUUGGGAUGAUGCUGCAAAGCUGUUCGAAUGGGGCAGCGACGGCGGAGAAGCAGACGACUCCUACGCCAAAGGUGAAGUCUCUGACCCAAACGGCCAUCAUAAACGUACAGAGAAUUCGACAAUUUCAGAGCGUGACUUGAGUUAUGGCUUGAUUCUUUACUGCGUCGAAUGCGGCUUCAGCGGCUCAGCCUCCUUGGCUGGCGCUAUCGACGUGGGCCUUUUCGAAAUCGAGACGGCUCAAGUCCAGUUCAAUAUGAACUUCAAAGCAGGCCUAAACCUGGGACUGAAAGCCUUUGUCAAGUACGAGAAGUCCUGGGAGACAGACCUGGUAACACUAGACCUUCCAGCCUUCUCAAUUCCAGUCAUUCUUUCUGUUGGUCCUUUCAUCGGCCUUAGCGUGGAGGCCAAGAUGGAGAUUGAAGCUACUGGAACGUUGCUCAUUGGCUCUUCGGUAGAGUGGGAGAAUGUCGAUAUCCUGAUCGAUUUGCUCGACUCUGGCAACAGCCAUUCAAACGGUCUUACCCCAGUUUUCAAGCCCAGAACUGAAGCCGCUGGUGAGCUCAGUAUGUCGGCGUCCCUGGGUCUACCAGUUAGUGUUGGCAUCGCUCUCGACGUUUUCCUCUUCUACGAGGCCAAGGCUGGUAUCAAGGACACCCCAUCUGUUGUACUCGAAGGUGGCUUCUCCGCAAGCGCAGAGCUCAACGACGACGGAGAGAUUGAGACAAGCAUCGAAGGAGAUUGCUACGGCAUUGCCUGGAACGUUCAUUUUGAGAACGCGUUGGAUGCUUUCAUCGACGCUGAUGGCUUUGAUCCUCUCGAGUUUCCCCUCAUCGAGCCUCUCAAGAGCGAUCCCAUCGCAGAAGGCUGCAUCGGAUAUGUCAACGACGGGACAGGUGAUGAUGGUGGAGGUAGCGACGGCAUGUCUUCUGGCACCGGUCUUGGUAGUGGCGGAAGUGGCAUGUUCGGAAGUCGUCCUGGUUCGCAACUAGCGCCGGUGUUUGAUCCGCUGUCUACCAAGAAAGCUGGUGCGCAGAGUAAGCAAAAGCCUGCUGUACAGAAGGGUAGUACACAGAGCAACAAGUCAAGCAGCACCAAGAAAAAGACUGGUGGUUCUUCAGGCAGCAAGUCUUCUAGCUCAACCAAGCAGGCUAAUCCGUCGACCACCAGCACAAAGCCUAGCAAGUCCACCAAGACUACAAGCACCAAGGCAAAGGCUACAACGAAGAUUGCCCAGCCAGUGAAGAACAAAGAGGCCAAACCAACAACCACCAAAGCCGCCAAUGCCGUUAGCAAGGCUUCACCAGUUUGUAAGCCCUCGGCAGUCGCCAACACCAAGACCCCACCGCGGUCCAUUUGCAACAGGACUGUGAACAAAGCCAAAGCCCCGGCCAAAUUUGUCAUUAGCACUGCACUUGCGGUGAAGAAUGUAGGCGCCUGUGCUGAAAUCUGUCUAAAGAACACGCAAUGUCUUGGCUUUGGCUACGGUAGCAAUAAGUCGUGUCAGUUGUACAGCAAGAAGCUCAAAAGCCUGGGUGUAACGUCUGGCAAGGGUCAGAUAACGUCGUCGUUUUAUGACAGGGCUUGUUAUGCGUAUAGCAAAUGUUCCAAGUAA